UUUUCGAUUUGAUUCCCACUUAUAUCUCAUCUUCCUUUAACCGACCCUACUCUAUUAUCAUAAAAUUUAUUGGAAGAAAAAAAGCAGAAAAGGGUAUUAAUUAAUAACAUGAUGAAUUCAUGUGAAGAAGGACCCUCAUCUAAAUUGAGUUAUGAAGAUCAACUGCAUGUUCUUGCUGUGGAUGAUAAUAUUGUUGAUCGUAAGCUCAUUGAAAAAUUGCUUAAGACCUCCUCUUUUAAAGUAACUACUGCUGAGAAUGCAAUGAGUGCAUUGGAGUAUCUAGGAAUUGGAGAACAACAACAAAACACCUCUAAGGCCUCCAAGGUGCACUUAGUUCUCACAGAUUACUGUAUGCCAGGAAUGACUGGCUAUGAUCUACUCAAGAAGAUUAAGGAAUCCUCAGAGCUGAAGGAAAUGCCUGUUGUUAUAAUGUCAUCUGAGAAAGUCCCAACAAGAAUUAACAAGUGCUUGGAAGAGGGUGCACAAAUGUUCAUGUUGAAACCACUUAAACUAUCAGAUAUCAAAAAAUUGAAGAAUCAAGUUAUGAAGCGCAGACAUUGAACUAAUGUUAUUGUUGGACACUUGGAUAAGGGUUUAUUAUAUUAAAAGAACCAAAGAUGAGGAAAAAAAUCAAGAGGGUAUACAUUUAGCAAGGAUAUAACAAGGAAGUUAAAUACCAUGUUAAAAAUUUUGUUCUAGGAAAAACAUCACUUUUGUUAUCCAAAUGACAAUUCUGCAAUAUAUCAGGCAUUUGACCUGGAAAGUUUACAUGUAUCUAAUCAAUUAAUA